CAAUUCUACUUCAAUGAGUCACUUAAAUCAUACUCAAAUUGUCCUCACAAAUGAGUACUGGGUGAGUGACAUAUUAGUGAUGUUUGACAUUUGCUUAAAUGUCCCUAAUUUAUUAAUUUUGUGGUUUCAUAAUAGUAUAGCAGUAUAUUUUACAAACAAUUAAGUCAAGGUAUUCAAUAAAGGAUAUUCUAUACGUGAACGAUAUAUAAAUUAUAAUUAUUUUUUAAAAAUUAGUUCUGUUACAUACAUACAUAUCCUGUAAGAUGGAAGACGAUUUUUGGGAAUUUUUCAAUUAUGUUGAAGAUGUUGAUGGUUUUUUACCUGUACCUAGAAUUUUAUUGAGAGAUAAUUCUAAUCCUUUUGAAAGGUACACUAACAGUGAAUUGAUACAACGUAUUAGAUUCUCAAGAGAUACUAUAGAAACUACAGUACUUCCAAUGGUUUAUCAUAACAUUAGAGAUGGUGAUAAUCGUGGACUACCAGUUCCCCCUGCAUUAAAGUUGUAUGUGGCAUUGCGGUUUUUUGCAACAGGGUCUUAUCAGCAAGUUUAUGCUGAUGUAGCCACAAUCAGUCAGUCCUCGGUCUGCAGAAUUGUCCGAGAAAUUAGCGAGGAACUUAAACUUCUAGUGAUCAUAAAACAGCACGAAUUAAACGGUUUGUUACGUAACUGGCAAAGCAACAAGAUAAACUUUUUGGCACCAAGCUUCACGUGA